AAUGGAAAACAUUCAAUUGCAUCACAUGGAUUAAUUCGACUGAAUUAUUAUUGGAUAAUGGAUAUGAACCGGAUGCUUUACCAAAAUGAUCCAUUACAAAAUUGUAACAGAAGGAACAUUUUUAGGCCUGAUGCUGACUUCAUGGAGGGUGAAAUGUUUUUGGCCACCUCCAUAUACCAUUGACCUCCACGACGAAGGUACUUUCGAAAUAUCCGAAGAUCUGGAUACGAAAAUGGAUAAAAUUGUGGAAGAUGAGGACGAAAUGAUUGCAGAUAAGGAACUGAGUCGACUCCAGUUCAACAAAAAUCCCCAUAAGUUCGUUAGGCUCCAUCAAGCUGUGGAUGGAAUCGAAAAAAACGCUGAGAGAGAAGAUGAUUUAUUGAAUAAUAGUUUCAAUAUUUCUGAGGAGAAUUUCUAUAAGGAAUACACCGAUGAAAGAAUUACAACGAAUUUAAGUUAUAGUUUGAAGGCGAAUCCAAAUGUUGAUUACCACAAUAAUAUGACGAAAAAUUUCGCGAUAUCGAAUAUAGAGGAAAAACGUCAAGUGAAUGAAAGUUAUACAAAAUACAGGAGAUCAGAAGAAAACACCUCUGAUAACGCUGAUUACAAUUACGAAGAUAUGAAGAGAAAAUUUGAAGAAAAAAUCGAAGAGGAAAGGAGGACGGAAGUGAAAUAUACAGAAUUGAAAGAAUACGAAGACAUGGAAGAUUCUUUGAAAACUAUAUGGAGGAAAAAAGAAGAGAUUAAUUGCACCAUUGCAGAAAUGAAGAAUAUAAAUGGUAAAGCGCUACUGUGUCUACUGAAAGAGCCAAGUAAAAAUAAAGCUUCCAAAUUUUUCACUAGAUUAGGAAAAAUACUCGUCAUUUGGUUUAUUGUUUAUGUAAUUAUUGCAGUGCCUAUGUGGUGUACGCGAGGAUGGUGCUGUUGCUGCUGCCGUUGUAAGUUCUGUAGACCAAGAAAUAGGAUAGAAUGGAUCAAAGAAUAUUUUAUGCAGAAUCCGGUUGGAGUUGUGCAUGACGAUUAUGGAAAUAGAAUUGAAUAUCACCCAACAAAAUAUGAAAAAUAUUAUUACAGCAAUCUCGAAAAAGAAUUGAAGAAACUAAUAAUACAUUGAAAUAAUCGU